AUGCCAGAAUUCUCGAUACUUAGUCUCCCCACUGAGGUUCAAGCUUUAGUUGUGCAACGCGUGACACAAAACUCUUUUGGCGAUCUUUAUAGACUCCGUGCUACCUGCAAGUCAAUGCAAGCGUUAGGAGACGAUCGUAGGGUGUAUGCUACACUCGAUUUCUUCAAGCAUCCUUCGAAUGUCAGGAUGAGCCGUAGAUUGUUGGCAAGGUCCUUGAGGGAGGGAAAUCGAAGUACUCUAUACAUCAAGGGUGUAGACUUAUUCUACGUACACGAAAGUCACCAAGAGGGACUCGCGCUUAUAAGGAGCGCGGCUGAUGCAGGAUGCGAGAGAGCGUUGUAUACCUACGCAAUGACAAUGAAAAUAUACGAUCAGGAUGACGAAUACUUGUCUCGAUUUACACUUGCGGAGUCAAUUGGAAUUGGGAUCAUUGGCCAGCGUUCAUAA